UGCCUUUUUUAAGAGAAUAGUCGUGGAUAGGCGGCCGCGUGUGCCCCAAUAGAUACACUCUAAUGCUACCGCCGAUUCACAUGUAUAUAUACUCCAAUCUUAUCCAGCAGCCUCGCCCAUUUUGCUCCAAUUUGAGAGAGAAUUGAAAUUGGUGAAUCUGAUAUAGCUAUGCAUGCUGUCCAAUACGAAUCUUAUGGCAGCGGCUCCGCUGGAUUGAAGCAUGUGGAAGUUCCUGUGCCUACUCCGAAGAAGGAUGAAGUCUUGGUAAAAGUGGAGGCUACAAGCAUAAAUCCUUUUGACUGGAAAAUUCAGAAGGGCAUGCUUCGUCCACUUCUUCCUACCAAGUUUCCUUUUAUUCCUUCUAUCGACGUGGGAGGAGAGGUUGUAGAGGUAGGAUCUAAUGUAAAAAGAUUCAAGGCUGGUGACAAGGUUGUGGCUAUGCUCAAUGCCCUGAAUGGCGGUGGAUUGGCUGAAUAUGCGGUGGCUAAUGAGAGUUUGACUGUUCCAAGACUCGCUGAAGUAUCAGCUGCAGAAGGUGCAGGUCUUAUUGUUGCAGGUCUUACAGCUCUUCAGGCCCUUGUCAAUCAUUCUGAGGUUAAGCUCAAUGGAACUGGACCCCGGAAGAACAUUCUAGUUACGGCUGCCUCAGGUGGUGUUGGUCACUAUGCUGUUCAAUUGGCAAAACUUGGUAACACUCAUGUUACUGCCACCUGUGGAGUGCGCAACAUUGAUCUUGUGAAGAGCUUAGGAGCAGAUGAGGUUCUUGAUUACAAUACCCCAGAGGGAGCAGCUCUUAAGAGUCCGUCAGGCCAAAAAUAUGAUGCAGUGAUUCACUGCACAACAGGCAUCCCUUGGUCUACCUUUGAGCCUAAUUUAAGUUCAAGCGGAAAGGUGAUAGAUAUAACUCCUGGAGUUAGCGCCAUGUGGACCUUUGCGGUAAAGAAAUUGACCUUCUCAAAGAAACAGUUGGUGCCACUGCUUCUGAUUCCGAAGAAGGAGAAUCUGGAAUUGAUUGUUGGGCUUGUGAAGGAAGGGAAACUGAAAACAGUAAUCGACUCAAAAUUUCCUCUGAGCAAGGCUGAAGAUGCUUGGAGCAAGAGUAUUGAUGGACAUGCCACCGGAAAGAUUAUUGUGGAGCCAUAGAGCAGUGUUCUCCCAAAUUAUGUAAUAAAAUGUUUGCGAGGCUUGUGCAGUAUGACCAAUUAAAUAUAUUCAGCUGUAACAACUUCUAUUUGCCUCCUAUGUAUCAUCUUACCUGAUAAUUGUGUUUACUACGUGGCAUUUUACCUAUAUUACAAAGUAUAUACAUGCAUACUUGUCUAA